UCUGUGUUCUCUACAACACACAAAACCACAUCAUAAUUAUUUGUUUAAUAAAAAUAAUAAUUGUGCCCACUUUUAUAAUUGCAUUCAAACGAAGCCCCCACCUUUUCUCUCUCUCAAUCUCUUUCACGAAACAAAAAAAAAAAAAAAAAAAGAGAGUCAAUUUUUGUUUUCGAAGGUUUGUUUUAUAUAUCACGGAUCUUGCUAAAUUCGAAUAUUCAUAGAACCCUAAUUCGUUUGCUUGAGUGUUCUACUUGGUUCUGCUUUCAGAUUAACGAUGGCGUCUCCUCCAUAUGAGGUGGAUGAUCAGACAGACGAGGAUUUCUUUGACAAAUUGGUCAACGAUGAUGAGAUUGAUCUUAUUGGAUCCGUGCCGCAUAGUUCAGUUGAAACCAAUCAGUUUGAUGAGGCGGCUGCGUUUUCCAAUUUGAGUAUUUCGGAACUGGAUUCUGAAUUGGAUGCUCAUGUGGGCUCUGUGGGCAGUGAAAGUAUCGGUUUUGGGAAUAACGGUGAUUCGGGUGUCAAAGACGGUGUCGUCUCUGCACCAUUGGAUGCUAAGGUUGACUCUGUGGUUGCCAAGGAGAACGAUUCAUUGAUACCCAGCGAUGCAAAUCAGACUGAUAAUGUGGGGAUAGGUUCGGGAGGUGCAUUAAGCAAGAACGUGGAAACUGAGGCCAAAGAGGUUCAAUGGGAUAAGUUAGACUUGGACUCAAAGCUUCAUGGUGGUAGUAAAUAUGGGUCAUACUCGGAUCUUUUUAAUGAGCUAGGAGAUAAUUCGGAAGACCCAUUUGCAAAUGUGGGUAAGAUUGAUAAGUUAGAAGCUCCAUCUACUGUCACGAGCGGGUUUAUUGAGAAUCAAGCUGCUGAUUUGGGUUCAUCUAGUUUUGAGCAGCAUGGAGAAGGUCAAUUCUAUGGGACUGCUCAGGAGCAGAAUGCAGAAGGAGUCCAGGAUCUGAAUAGCAGUCAAUACUGGGAGAACCUUUAUCCUGGAUGGAAGUAUGAUCCUAAUACAGGACAAUGGUAUCAGUUGGAGGGUUAUGAUGGCAAUGCAAAUGUAAAUGGGGGUGUGAAUGCCAGGGUUAACGCUCAGGAGAGUUUGUAUAUGAAUUCUCAGUUAGUGGAUAAUGCAAACGUUACAGACCAGAGAACAGAUGCUUACUAUUUGCAUCAAACAGCACAAUCUGUUGCUGGAAGUGUGAUGGAUACAGGUGCGACUAGUAGUGUUUCUAACUGGAGUCAAAUUCCCCAAGGGAACUCAGAAUACCCUGCUUAUAUGGUGUUUGAUCCCCAGUAUCCUGGGUGGUAUUAUGACACAAUUGCCCAGGAAUGGAAGCAGUUGGAUUCGUACAGUGGUGUGCAUCAGUCAACUAGUGUAGAUAAUAAUCAGCAACAUUAUAAUCUGAAUGGUGAGAAUUACGGGUUGCAGGGUCAGUUCAGUCGAGAGAGUGUUGCAAACUGGGGUGCAUCUGUCAGUAGUUACAAUCAGCAGAAUGUGAAUAUGUGGCAACCACAGCAAGUUGCUGAAAGACAUGAAUUAGGGAACCAACACGUUUCAACUGAUCCUGGAAGUAACUCUAUGAAACAACAAAGAGUGUUUGAUCCCUCUGGAUCAGUUGUGCUUUCUGACCAGGCAAGUCAGAGUACUGAGGUUGCAGGGUUUCCAAGCUUUAAUCCUGUUGGAAACUUCGCCGAGCAUUAUAAUCAAACCAGGAAGGAACAAAAACAAAACAUUCAUUUCUCACCUGCUCAGUUUGACAGUCAAAAAUCAGUAUAUUCUUCACAACAGCCGCUCCAGAGUGGAACUUCAUUCUCUUAUGUGCCCAGUGAAGGAAGGUCAUCUGUAGGACGACCUUCACAUGCUCUAGUUACUUUUGGAUUUGGGGGAAAACUUAUAGUAAUGAAAGAUGAUAAUUAUUCUCAUGCAAACUCCACAUAUGGAAGUCAGGACUCAGUAAAAGGUGUGAUCAAUGUCCUCAACGUGAUGGAAGUUGUCAUGGAUAAAACUAAUGCUUCAAGCUUUGGAACUGGUGGUUGUGACUACUUCCAUGUGUUAUGCCAGCAACCUUUUCCUGGUCCUUUGGUUGGUGGGAAUGCUGGAAUUAAGGAAUUAAAUAAAUGGAUUGAUGACAGGAUUGCAAACUGUGAAACUCCCUACAUGGAUUUCAGGAGAGGGGAUCUUUUGAGGUUGCUUUUCUCUUUGCUGAAAAUAUCGUUCCAGUGCUAUGGAAAACUUAGAUCUCCCUUUGGCACUGAGGAACCUUUGAAGGAAAGUGAUAGUCCAGAAUCAGCUGUCGCUGAACUUUUUGCAUCGGCUAAAAGAAACCAAGAAUAUGGGGCAGUUAGGCGCUGCUUACAAAACAUGCCUUCUGAAGCUCAGAUCCAGGCUACCGCUCUUGAAGUGCAGAAGCUUCUUGUAUCUGGUAGGAAGAAGGAGGCUUUUGAAUAUGCAAAAGAAGGUCAACUGUGGGGUCCAGCCCUAGUCCUUGCCUCACAACUUGGUGAUAAGUUCUAUGGUGAUACUGUAAAGCAAAUGGCACUUAAGCAGUUUAUACCAGGAUCACCAUUAAGAACAUUGUGCCUGCUAAUGGCAGGGCAGCCUGCAGAUGUUUUCUGCAAUGCCACUACAUAUAGCAGUCUACCUGGUUCUUUCAAUAUCUCUCGACAGCCUGCUGAGGGUGAGGCUAGCCACAUGUUACAAGAGUGGGAAGAGAAUUUGGCCAUCAUAACUGCAAACAGGACAAAAGAUGAUGAGCUUGUUAUCAUCCAUCUGGGUGAUUCCUUAUGGAAGGAGAUGGGAGAAAUCACAGCAGCACACAUCUGUUAUUUAGUUGCAGAAGCCAAUUUUGAGCCAUAUUCAGACAGUGCGAGGAUGUGUCUUGUUGGUGCAGAUCACUGGAAAUUUCCACGGACAUAUGCUAGUCCUGAGGCUAUUCAGAGGACAGAAUUAUAUGAAUACUCAAAGGUUCUUGGAAAUUCUCAGUUUCUCCUGCUACCAUUUCUGCCAUAUAAGCUUAUUUAUGCCCAUAUGCUGGCUGAAGUUGGGAAGGUUGCAGAUGCAUUAAAGUACUGUCAAGCAAUAUUGAAGUCUUUAAAAACUGGCCGAUCGCAUGAAGUGGAAACCUGUAAACAAUUAGUUUUAUCACUCGAAGAGCGACUAAGAACGCACCAGCAGGGUGGUUAUAGUACAAAUUUGGCUCCAACCAAACUGGUGGGCAAAUUGCUUACCUUCUUUGAUAGUACUGCACAUCGUGUUGUUGGCAGCCUACCUCCACCUGUACCUAUGACAUCACCAGGCAGUGCUCAACAUAAUGAACAUGCUCAUCCACCAGGUGGUCCAAAAGUAACUUACGGUCAAUCAACAAUGGCCAUGUCUUCAUUAAUGCCUUCUGCAUCAAUGGAACCCAUAAGUGAAUGGACUGGUGCUGAGAGUAAUCAUCUAUCAGUGCCUAAUAGAAGCAUUUCAGAGCCAGACUUUGGUAGAAACCCAGUAAAGGCUGAUUCAUCCAAGAAAGCAAACUCUUCGAACACUUCUGCAAAACCAUCAGUGUCUAGUGGGUCUUCACGAUUUGGUCGUUUUGGAUCCCAGUUAUUCCAAAAGACAGUAGGAUUGGUCAUCAGAUCCCGGCCGGGUCGGCAGGCUAAAUUAGGUGAGGCAAACAAGUUCUAUUAUGAUGAAAAACUUAAGAGAUGGGUGGAAGAAGGUGCUGAACCUCCACCUGAGGAAGCAGCCUUACCACCUCCACCAAAAACUGCAGCUUUCCAGAGCGGAAAUCAAGAUUACAGCAUACAAGAUGCUCUGAAAACUGAAAGAUUUGAUACCAUUGCUGGGCCAGAAUUCAAAGGCUCGACUCCUUCUGAGCAGAGCUCAGGGAUCCCACCCAUUCCACCUAGUUCGAAUCAGUUCACUGCACGGGGGCGUAUGGGAGUCAGAUCAAGGUAUGUUGAUACAUUCAACAAAGGUGGUGGAAUGCCGACGAACUUAUUCCAGUCACCUUCUAUUCCAGCUGCUAAACCUAGGGGUGGUUCAACUCCCAAGUUUUUCAUACCCUCUCCAGCAGCUUCAGGUACAGAGACACUUCAAACAGUUGAAGAAAACAUGACAGAAGCCGCAGCGACUGACAACAGUCGUCCAAAACCAUUUCAACAGGAUUCAUUCUCUUCUCCACCGCCAUCGACAUCAUCCACUAUGCAUCGGUUUCCUAGCAUGGACAAUAUUGUACAGAAGGGAGGAGACAUGGCAAAAGGAAAUAGCCAUCUCCCUGCUCACUCACGCCGGGCAGCAUCCUGGAGUGGAAGCCUUAAUGAUGCUUCCAAUAAUUCAAUGAAAAAUGAAAUAAGGCCUUUAGGAGAAGCACUAGGUAUGCCUCCGUCACUGUAUAUGCCUAGCAAUUCUCCAGCCAUGCAGAUUCCAAGAACUGGUAGUGGUUCUGCGGAUGACCUUCAUGAAGUCCAGCUUUGAGGUGUACAGGGAUUACUUCUUGGAUAUUAUCCUUGCAAGAUUACAUUGAUGAUGAGGAUUUUGCUUAUGGGAUUUCAGAUUUUUCAUGAAAGCCCUUUUAACCGCAUAGAGUAUAGGACGGUAUAUAUCGUAUACACAUGUAAACCACCCUCCAGACUUCAGAGCCAAUUUAACAGUACGACCCAAUUUGACCCCAGCUCUCUUAUCGUGACCAAUUUAUCCAUGGGCUCAUUACAUACAGUUUUUCCUUUUUAAGUGAAAUUAAAUAAAAAAUGUAAAUUCUUUUUAAA